GCCUUCGCGUUCUAUAAUUAAAUAUUCCCCUGUAUACAUACACACACGAAAAAACCCUUUCCUCGCUCUAAUCUCUAUCGUUUCAAUCUCUGUCAUUCUCUCGUCUCCGUCGUUCCGGAAUCUUUAGCGAUCGGUCUCCGAGAAAAGCCAUCUCAACAAAGUAAAUGGGAGGUGGGAAGGACAAGCCUGACACCAGUGACAAGUAUGGGCUUGCGGGACAUCCACCAGGAUACCCUGUUCAGUAUCCUUAUUCCCCACCACCUACGGCUUACCCACCGCAAGGAUAUCCCCCACCACCUGGCCCAUAUCCUCUGCAUGGGUACCCUCCACCAGGACAUCCCCCUUAUGGAUACCUAGCACAAGGAUAUCCCCCAGCACCUGGCCCAUAUCCUCCACAUGGGUAUCCUCCACCAGGAUAUCCCCCUUAUGGAUAUCCACCAUCUGGAUAUCCACCUGCCGGUGGAUACCGCCCAGCAGGUGGAUUCCCACCAGCAGGUUAUCCUGGUACUGGUCCUUUUGCUCCCCCAUGUCAUGGUUAUGGAUCUAGUAGCAUGGGGGCGCUAAUAGCUGGGGGUACAGCUGCUGCGGCUGCUGCUUACGGGGCUCACCAUAUGGCUCAUGGCUAUCAUCAUCUUGGUAAUGGGAUGCUCCGUGGAUACCAUCAUGGUCAUGGGAUGCUCCGUGGAUGCCAUCAUGGUCAUGGGGUGUUCCAUGGAUGCCAUCAUGGCAAGUUCUGGCAUGGCAAGUUCUAGUAUGGCAAGUUCAACCAUGGGAAGCACAAGAGGUUUGGGAAGCAUUGAAUAUUUGGAGGGAAACACCAUAUGUUGGGCAAGUUCAAGAAGUGGAACUAGGGUUUCAGAUGGUUGACAUUGCUGGCUAUGCUUUACUUUCUCUAACAACUAUUGAAUAGGUUUCUGUUGACUCUGAGAGUACUGUGACCAUAUCAUCUAUGAACUCUAUAUUAUCUCGUGCAUUGUACAGUUUUUGCCAUGGACCUUUUUUUUUUUUUUUGUAUUUCUUUUGUGAAAUCAACAACUGCAUGGUACUGUAUGAUUAAAGAGAGAAGAUUUCUACCA